CAUGCUGUUGUUUUCCUGUUUGCUUAUACACAAAAUUUAUCUCAAAAGAAUUACUGCAAAUUUUCUUCCUGGAUUGUCGUGACCAAGAGCAUGUCUUCAAAAUCCAGUAGUCAUUAUAGUCAAUUACCGCGCAGCCGAACGCGGACCCGAACUCCAAAAAGCAGUAGCCGAAUGCAAACUUUAAGUCCAAAAAGCAGUAGUCGAUUACAAAGUCCAAAAAGCAGUAGUCGAAUAAAAAGUCUUAAAAGCAGUAGUCGAAUUCAAAAUCCAAAAAGCAGCAGCCGAAUGCAAACCGUAAGUCCAAAAAAUAACAGACGAUCACGGUCUUCAAAUCCAAGAAGUGCAAGGAAAACGCGGCCUCGAAGUGCGAAGAGCCGAAGCAAGUCUCCAAAAGGUGCCCAUCUACUUAAUCCUGGAAAUUUUGCUGGAAAGAAGGGCCCUGUUCCCUUUACUAUAUGGAAGAAACACGAUUCAUACGAACCUGGUACGAGUCCAAGCCGUAUAGUCACUAGAUCUCAGACUGGAUUCAAUAGAGUAAAGAAAACAGAUUCAAACACUGCACUAUUCGGGGAUGAGAAGAAAUUCGUAGUACCCAACUGUCCUCAUUUAUCAUUAAUCAUGAAAGGAAGGCACGGAGCUUUGCCUGCUACCAUAGUCACUCGAUCUUCAGGCAAAUAUUAUUCAAAGGACGAUAAACUCGAAGGCAGACUUACAUGGUACAAGACUGGAAAAGGAAGAGAUGCAUCGGAAGCACGCGAAGAUUUUGAAUUUUCGCUAAGGACGGAUGAAGGUGAUGAUGAAUAUAUGUGUUCAAUUCAAUAAAAUAUUUUUCCAAUCAAUAAAUUGUUACUUUUUUGUAUGUACAUCAAACUGGAUGAAUGACUGAGAAUUAUGUAUUUAUAAAUAUAACUGUGUGUUGUACUGUGCGCAUAGUUACAAUAGAUCCCUUAUUUCGUACAAGGAAGUGAAAAUGAUAUUGUCAGUUCGUCAUCAAGUGCAUCAUGAUAGCAAACUCAAAAGCAAUUUUUUCAGUGAGAAACUUUUUUUUUCUCCUUCCGUCUACUUCAGACUGCAACACACUUUUUUAACAAAAAAAAAAAAAAAAAAAUUUCUAUCGAUUUUUAACUUGCUUCUAGAUAAGCUAUUGAGUUCAAUUUUUUUUAAAUUAAUAUUUCUACAUUAUUCUUGUUUAAGAGAGGAAAAUAAAGUUUCAAAACUUUGUUUUUAAGAACACAUUUUUAGAUGUUGAAAUAUACCGUAUUUCUCCCGCCCUUUAAAACGGGGAGUAUAUGAUGUAUUUUUCCGUCACCAACAGCCAAAAAUAUUUGUAAAUUAACUACUCCUGCUGAAGUUUCUAAUAUUAUAAGAAAAUUACACCCAAAGAAAGCACCGGGAAUCGACUGUAUCACUAGCAUUACCUUAAAACAUCACCCGAGUAACAUCAUCACAAAAGUUACUAGUAUUUUCAAUCCUUGCAUUUCAAACUCUUACUACCCCAACCCCUGGAAAGUUGCAAAGAUCAUCAUGAUACCCAAACCAGGGAAAAGUCUACUUCAACCAGACAGAUUUCGUCCAAUAAGUCUUCUCCCGAGCCUAAGCAAAGACUUUGAAAGAAUUCUACUGGAAAAAAUGAAGUCUUAUCUCACUUUACUGCACCCUGAACAAUUUGGAUUCAGAGCUUACCUUUCAACUUCCAAACAACUAGUAAGAUUGACUGAAUUUAUAGGCUCAGCUCGUCACUGUAACCAAAAUGUUGCUAUUCUCAUGCUGGAUGUGGCGAAAGCUUUCGACCGUGUCUGGCAUGAGGGUCUCAUAGCGAAACUUAUUAAUUUGAACUUUGAACGUGAGCUCCUGCUAAUUAUUUUCUCUUUUAUCACCAGCAAAAAAUUUUUAGUUUCUGUUCAUGGUGCCUUCUCUUCAGAACAUCCAAUUCACAGUGGAAUUCGUCAAGGAAGUGUUUUAGGUCCAAUUUUCUAUCUCUUCUAUGCUGCAGACUUCCCUUCUGUACUCUACAACAAUAACUCAAUUUUAGCUUGUUAUGCAGAUGACACUGCUUUGGCGGUGAAAUCUGCAAAUGUGAAUCAUGCAGUUAAAAAACUCCAAGACCACAUCCCUUUCAUAGAAGACUGGUGCAAAAGUGGAAAGUACAAAUUAAUGCAUCCAAUUCUCAACUACUCAUCAUCAGAAAAAAGAAAAAUAAAAAGAACCUCAAGAUGCAACUCCUAUUGUUUAAUGAACCCAUACCUGUUAUGAAACAUGCUAAGCAUUUAGGAGUUACCCUGAAUAGUAAAAUGACAUGGACUAACCACAUUAAUAAUGUGAGAAAUAAAGCCAUCUACAUAAUGAAGUGCUUGUAUCCUAUGUUAGGCCGCUUUUCAAAACUUAAUCUCACCAAAAAGAGAUUAAUCUAUCUUUCAACUAUUCGUCCUAUUAUGACAUAUGCCUCACCAGACUGGACUACUGUGACUAAAACUGACUUGAAAAAGUUCAGGUUGUGCAAAUUUUUUUUCUAAGACUGAUAAUUAGUGCUCAUUACUUUGUGUGAAACGAAGUACUCCACAGGAACUUAAAAAUCGAGCCACUAGAUACUUUCUUACGCAAAACAAAUGACAAGUUCUUCAGGAAAGCUAAAUACUGUGAACAUCUGAAUUUAUCUAAUCUAUUUCAUUAUGAAAGCUUAGACGAAGACAGACAUCUCCGUACGUUUCCUGCUUUUAUCCUGAAUAGCAAUCAGAACUUUCCUACGUAAUUGCUAUCUUCAUUUGCUAAUCAUUUAGAUACUAUUGGAACUCUAAGUCCAAAAUGAAGCAGCAUUCAUCAGAGCCAGCACUUGAGAUGGUGGUGUCCCACGACCUGUGCACACCGCUAUUCAGAUGUAUUUUUCCUGCAAUCAAGCUUUCCUGAAACUAUGUACAUAUGUAAAUAAUCUAUAUUUAACCUAGAAAAACCUAGCAUACAUUUUGUAGUUUAACUGUGAUGUAAUGUUGCUGGAUCAAAUACUAGUAAAGCUUUUUAUGCUAAUUCAGAGAAUGAAACUUGUAUCUUCUAAACAUAAAUGAUUCUGAAAUUUAUCCUCCAAGAAGAUUGGUUAAGAAUGGUAUGACUACAUGAAACUGCUAAAAUUAAAAUUGGAAGUAUUAUAAACAGAACUCCAAAAGAAUCCUAGAUGGAAUAAAUUAAUGACAGAAGUUUUAUAAUUGGUGUGGUCAUGCAAUCAAUUUCUAGCUGAUCAGAGUAAUAUUGGGGAUGCCAUCCAUGAUUAACUCAACAUCAUUAUUAAUGAAAAGACAGUUAAAAAAUGGGAAAGAGGAAUAACCCACAUUAUAAUUAACAGAAAACUAUGUUCGUUUCACUAUAUAAAUUAAAUCAGUAAUCAAAAGAAACAAAAUUUCAAAAGAAAAGAAUAAUGUCUUAGUUUACACUACUCUUGUAUAUCAAUAGGAGACACUGUGAAAUAAACAAUGAAUGGUAAGACAUGUUACAAUUAAGCAAUUUAGUUUUAAACACAAUGUUUUGAUAUUCCAUAUUACGUACAAUUUAAAUUAAGCACUGCUAUAGGAAAAAAUAACUCCCAAACGUAAUGACAACAUCUGGUAUCAGUGCUGUUAGUCAACACAUUUUUCUUUUCCUUCUUAUAUUCUUUGUGGACAAUUUCAUUCUGUGCUGGUGACCUGUGAUACUUUUUCCAUAAUAAAGUCAACAUAUUUUUAUUUGUUUAUUAAGAUACAGUCUGGUAUAUAACUGACUGUAGAUCUGUCUGAAAAGUUAAUUUUUCUGGUACAUUCUAAUUAUCCAUAACUCCAUGAAAAAAUAAUUAACACAUUGUGACUUUCAGAAUUGAGAAUAAAUAUGUGUUUUGACGAACUUUUAGAGUACAUAGAUAUUGUUUUGUUCAUAAAUGUUUAUAAAGAGAAGAAUUUUGUAAGAAAUAAGAAAUUUCAUGAGAAAAUGCAAAAAUCUGUAGGGCCGAUAUUUAUAUUUUAAAAAUAGAUGGAUAUAAUUCAACAAAAUGGUAGUUAAGUAUAAAGCAUGUAAAUUCGUGUGUGUUAUAUACAUAUUUGAUUUUGCUACUGCCAGGUGAAUGUUAAAAAAUAUGCCAAAACACAAUAAUUCUACUAAAUGUUAAAACCAGGAAUAUUAGUAAUUGGAAAGUAUCAUUUUUCUUUUAGCUAAAAAAAAUUAUUUUUCUUCUUUCUUUGCACAGUUCUUUUGCACAGGUCAUUACUUCUAAACAAUAUUCUAUUAUUUUCACAUGUUACUUACAUCAAUAUGCUUUUCUUAAAGGAGAUUAAAAAGUGUACGAACUAAAAAUUUAAGAAAUAAUAAAGAGUUCUACAGGUAGUUCAGUAAAUAUAUUCAAACUUAGGACUAAAAUAAUAAAAUAACUGAAAAACAUUAUUUGAGACAAAUAAAAAAUAAAUAAAUUCUUAACUUAUAACCAAAUAUUCACCUUUAUUGAUAUGCAAUAAAAAGAUCAAUAAAUGAAAUAACAUCUACAACAAAAACUCUGCAAAAGCAAAUUAUGUGGAACUAGAACCUGUUGAUACCUAAAUAAAAGCAUUUUUAGAAGAUUAAUGGUUUUAGCUGAUGCAGAAUAGAUUAUUUUUACACAUUUAUAUUCAUAAUUACAAGCAUUAAUAAAAAAAA